CGUGUGAGUCGUCGCGCGCGGAUUACGCCCAGGAUAAUCGGAAUCGCAAUCGGAACUCGCAACAGCACCUUCCCCAUCGGAUAUUGGCAGCUUCAGAUUCAGUCGAUUGGCUGCCCUCAAGGUGACAGGACAGGCAACGCGCAGUGAACAGUGCACACUGAGUGAACACUCCCCAAGAACUCUUAGUGAACCCCAAGUGAACACCCAAGUGAACUCGAAACCCAGACAAUACCGAUUGCACCCCAAGACCCCAACAUGGUCAUGUUGCAGUCGCCGGCGCAAAAGGCCAGCGAUAGUGCAUCCUCCCAGAACACAGCCGUCGGUGGGCUGAUGAGUCCCAACUCGAAUCCAGACUCACCCAAGUCGAAUACUUCGCCGGAGGUGGCCAGCACGGACAGCGUGGUAUCCGGAACAGGAGCAGCCACUCCGCCGGCGGCCAAGAUACCCAAGUUCAUCAUCAGUGCCAAUGGCCAGGCGGUGGAGGGCAAGAAGGAGCAGGAUCUGCGCUACUCCCUCGAGCGGCUCAAACAGAUGAGCAGCGAUUCCGGCAGCCUGCUGAGCCGCCUGAGUCCACUGCAAGAGGAAGCCCAGGAUAAGGAGAAGGCGGUGGCCUUCUCCACGCCCGCCCAGCAGCGGAAGCUCCUCGAGCUGAGUGCCGUCCGCCACUUGGCCAGACCGGAGCCACUGCAGCACCCACAUGCGGCCCUGCUCCAGCAGCAUCCGCACCUGCUGCAGAACCCGCAGUUCCUGGCCGUCGCCCAGCAGCACAUGCACCAGCACCACCAGCAUCAUCAGCACCCACAUCCGCAUCAGCACCAGCAUCCCCAUGCCCAUCCACAUGCUCAUCCGCAUCCGGCAGAGGUCUUCCACUUGAGGGCGCCCACCAGCAGCAGCACCACUGCCCCGCCCUCGCCGGCCACCUCGCCCCUCUCGCCGCCCACUUCCCCGGCCAUGCAUUCCGACCAGCAGAUGAGUCCGCCCCUCGCUCCGCCCCAGAACCCACCGCAUUCCGCCCAGCAGCAGGUGGCCGCUCCCCCGGAGAUGGAUCUCGAGCGGAUCAAGCUGGUGGCCGCGGUGGCCGCCCGCACCACCACCCAGGCUCCCAGCACCUCCGCUUCCGCUUCCGCCUCGAACUCCUUGUCCAACGCCAGCACCUCCAUCUCCAACUCCAGCUCGGGGUCACCAAGUGGCCGGGAUCUGAGUGACUACGGCUUCCGAAUACAACUGGGCGGUCUGGCGGCUGCGGCGGCUGCAGCGGCAGCCACUUCGCGACAAAUCGCCGCAGCCAACUACGCCAGGAGCGACACCAGCGAGGAGCUCAACGUCGACGGGAACGACGAGGACAGCAACGAUGGAUCCCACAGUGCGCCGUCGGUCUGCCCAGUUGACCUGACGCGAUCGGUGAACAGCAAUGCCGCGGCGAACCCGAGUUCCGCCUCGACGAGUGCCUCCAGCGAGCGGGAUGCGGCCACCAAGCGCCUGGCCUUCUCCGUGGAGAACAUCCUGGACCCGAACAAGUUCACGGGCAACAAGCUGCCCAGUGGACCCUUCGGCCACCCCAGGCAGUGGAGCUACGAUAGGGAUGAGGAGAUGCAGGAGCGACUGGACGACGAUCAGAGCGAGGAUAUGUCUGCCCAGGAUCUGAACGACAUGGAUCAGGACGAUAUGUGCGACGACGGCAGCGAUAUCGACGAUCCCAGCAGCGAGACGGACUCCAAAAAGGGAGGCAGUCGCAAUGGGGAUGGAAAAUCGGGGGGCGGCGGCGGAGGCGGUGGCUCAAAGCCCCGGAGAGCCCGCACCGCCUUCACCUACGAGCAGCUGGUCUCGCUGGAGAACAAGUUCAAGACCACCCGAUAUCUCAGCGUCUGCGAGCGGCUGAACCUGGCCCUCAGCUUGAGUCUGACGGAGACACAGGUUAAAAUCUGGUUCCAGAACCGCCGCACCAAGUGGAAGAAGCAGAACCCCGGCAUGGACGUCAACUCCCCCACCAUUCCCCCGCCCGGCGGCGGCUCCUUCGGCCCGGGGGCGUACGCCAGCGGACUGCUCUACUCGCACGCGGUGCCCUACCCGCCCUACGGUCCCUACUUCCACCCCCUGGGCGCCCACCACCUCAGCCACUCUCACUCAUAAAAUUGCAAGAUGCAACAGCGAUUGUUGCAACUCUUCGAAAAGCGAGGCAGGCCGGAAGUGGGCGGAGGUCCUGCGGGUCCUGCGGCCGGAAGUGGAUCGGUGGCCCCCCAUCCGGCGCCCAAGGAUAAACUGUAAAUGUCAAUACUGCUUUAAGUGUGUGUGUUUAGUAUCUUCUGUUAUCUCGAUUCCCUCGAUUACAUGCUGUAUAUAGUUAUUGUAUAAAUAUGCUAUGCUAGUGCUUAGAACCUCGAAUGCCAUAUCUAGAUUUAAAUUAUACGAUUACUUGUAGCGUUUAAGUGGCAAGCAAAAUCAAAAAGAGCAAAC